AUGGCUCGUCGCUGGGAGAAGGAAAGUAGGGGUACUAUGUUUUCUAAGCCAUCGCCUGAACUGAAUCGAAAUAAAAGUAUUGGGCCGAGGCAAUAUUCAUAUCAACAGCUAGCAAAGGCCACCAAUCAUUUCUCCAGUAACAAUCUUCUUGGAGAGGGUGAUUUUGGACAAGUUUAUAUGGGAUCAGUAGGUGGUCAAUCCCUUGCUAUUAAAAAACUUAAAAAUCAUCGAGAUUUACGGUCUCAAGGAAAACUGCAGGAUGAGAUCAUAGUUGUUAGCAGCGUCCGUCACAAAAAUCUUGUUGAACUGCUUGGUUACUGCAUUGAAGGGGCCGAUAAAUUGCUUGUUUUAAAGUAUUUUCCUAAUAAGUCCUUGGGUUCUCAAUUACAUGAAAACGGUGAAGAUUUGGACCGGGAGACGAGGAUGAAUAUCGCUAAAGGCUCUACAAGUAGAUUAGAAUAUUUAUAUGAACACUGUGAGUUUGCUAUUGCGAAAUCUAAAAUUAAAAGCGCUUUGCGGGAUGAAAAAUUUGAAGAAUUUGUAGAUUUUACAUUGAAAAUGUUUGACCAUGGAGAAAUGUAUCGAAUGUUGUUCUGCAUUGAUGUUUGUAUAAAUAAUCCUCCAAAGUUUCGGCCAUCAAUGAAGAAGAAGAUAUUUCUAGUUCUUGACGGAAUUUUGCCUCUAGACGAAUUAUGCAAUGAGAAGAGUGAUAACAGAUUGCCACGGUACCCUACUUUAUAUAAAGAUCCAUCUCCUAUGAAAGCCAAUAAUAGAACUAAAAUGUGGAGAUCUCAUCUAAUAAAAUGUGGAGAUCUGCUGAUGAAGCCUUAA